AUGGGUGAGAACAGUUCAUCGCGAAAACCGUGUCCAAUUUGUUCGAAGUUAGACCAUCGCGUGAGAAACUGCGAGGAAUUCAGGCGAUUUAGUCUUGAAGCACGCUUGAAAACGGUGGAAGAAAAUAGACUGUGUGAAACAUGUCUCUCGAACCACGGUAGCUGGGCAUGUAAAUCGAGAUUUUCGUGCAACGUGGCGAACUGCCAUGAGCGGCAUCACCCAUUGCUGCACCGCGAGCGAGCGGCAGAUAUAAUAAAAGCGGAUUGUAAGACUCACAGAAUCGUAACGGAAUCUGUUCUAUUCCGUGUUGUACCUAUCACAUUAUCCAAUGGAUCAAGAAGAAUCGACACCUUUGCCUUCCUCGAUGAAGGUUCUUCACACACCCUCAUCGAUGCUAGUAUAACGCGCCAACUCGGUACGAUCGGAAUUUCAGAACCGUUACAAUUGGUGUGGACUUCGGACGUAAGUCGCAGAGAGUGCGCAUCGGAGCGGGUUGAUCUAACAAUUUCAGGAAGAGGUGGACGCAAGAAAUAUAAACUCACCGCUGCCCGUACAGUUAACUCAUUAAAUCUUCCGACCCAAAAUCUACGGCUGGAUGAAAUAUCUAAGCAAUUUGAACACCUUAAAGAUGUUUCCGUCACCUCAUAUAAAAAUGCGAAACCAAAGGUUCUUAUUGGUUUACAAAACUUAGACCUAAUGACGCCGAUUGAGUGCCGUAUAGGUCAGCCGGGCGAACCCAUCGCAGUGAGAAGUGUUCUUGGAUGGAAAAUAUACGGACCGUGUGGAGGACCCCUGGACGAAAACCAAUUCUUGGGACAUCACACGUGCAAAAUAGAGGCUGAUAAAGAGCUCAACAAAAUGAUCCGCCAACAGUUUGUCCUAGAAGACACUGGGAUAGCACCCAUUCAGCUACCGGAGUCAGCAGAAAUCGUGAGAGCGAGGGAUAUUUUGAAUAAAACAACUUUUCGUCAAAAUGGCAGAUUUUAUACCGGACUAUUAUGGAAACACGACGAUAUACGUUUACCAGAUAGUUUACCUAUGGCGGUAAAGCGCCUUAGCGGUUUUGGGUCUAAACUAUUCAGAGAUCCGGACCUGCGACGUAACGUGCACCAGCAAAUACGCGAUUAUAUUGACAAAAACUAUGUUCACAAAGCGACACAAGAGGAACUAAGUCAGGCCGAUCCUAACCGUGUGUGGUAUUUGCCGCUCAAUGAUGUAGCUCAUCCUAAAAAACCGAACAAAAAACGGCUCGUAUGGGACGCGGCCGCGAAAGUGAAAGGCGUAUCAUUGAACUCCCAACUGUUGAAAGGACCGGACUUGUUAGUAUUGCUCCCUGGCGUAAUCUGCAAAUUCCGCGAAAGGCCCGUUGGCUUCGGCGGGGAUAUCGAAAAAAUGUUUCAUCAGAUUCGAAUAUUGCCCGAGGACACACACUCACAACGAUUCCUUUUCCGCUUCAAUGAAAAGCUCCCGCCGGAUGUUUAUAUGAUGGACGUGGCCACGUUCGGCGCAACUUGUUCACCAUGUUCAGCGCAAUACGUCAUGCAUCGUAACGCGGAUGAAAAUGCACACGACUUUCCCGAAGCAGCCGCAGCAAUCAAAGGAAAAACGUAUAUGGACGACUACUUCGACAGCACCGACACACCAGAAGAAGCACUGCAACGGGCUUUACAAGUAAAACUAGAUCAUUCACGAGGAGGGAUGAAUAUGAGGAAUUGGGUCUGUAACAACGUCGAAAUCUUGCAGGGUUUGGGAGAAGUCUCAGAGCAGCGGUCGCUUUCCAUCGAUUAUUGCAUAGAAGAUAACAGACAACGAGUUCUCGGAAUUAUCUGGGAUCCCGAGAAAGACGCCUUCAUAUUCUCCACAAACUGGAAAACUGAGCUGGCUCCGUAUGUAUUGGAUGGUCUGCGACCGACCAAACGCAUAGCUUUACGUAUCAUCAUGAGCCUUUUCGAUCCGUUGGGUUUUCUCGUACCCUUUUUUUUACACGGCCGUAUGUUGAUGCAAGAUCUCUGGCGGAUUGCUUUGGAUUGGGACGCUGAAUUAGGCGACGUGGAGUACGACAAGUGGUGUAGAUGGAUAAAUCUUCUCCCAGGAAUUAGCGCUCUUGAGAUUCCUCGUUGCAUGUUUUUACCGAUGCUAGCGAAUUGGGAAUUGGGUGUGCCGCGUAUUUUCGAGCAGAGGACGGAAAUAGCAUAA